AUUUAAGAACCAGUGGUCGAUUUGAUCGCCUUCCUAUUACCUUCUCCACCUAUCUUCUUCCCUCAUCAAAGUGCGAUCGGAUCUGGGUUUUAUAUUUUUUUUGACAAACCCUUCUCCGUGUUCCGAUCUAUCGUAGAAAGUCCCGAUCUUUCAAUCGCUCUCCUUAAUUUUACCCUUUACUCACUCAAAAACCCUAAUCUCGAUAUUUCGUUCCUCCUUCUCUGUUGGAUUAGGCGAUCCUAUCUCCUCAGCUGGAAUCUGAGAGCAUUGAAUCGUUUGUGUUUUUAUAGAAAGACCAAAACUUUUUCUUCAAUUUCGAGAGGAUAGAGUCAGUGACGAUGUCGUGGGCUGGUCCUGAAGAUAUUUACCUUUCAACUUCACUCGCUAGUUAUCUCGAUAGAAAGAUACUUGUGCUCCUUAGAGAUGGUAGAAAGCUAAUGGGAACCCUCCGUUCAUUUGACCAAUUCGCCAAUGCGGUUCUAGAAGGUGCUUGCGAGAGGGUGAUUGUUGGUGAGCAAUACUGUGAUAUUCCUUUAGGCCUCUAUGUAAUCCGUGGAGAGAAUGUUGUUCUGAUUGGUGACCUGGACACGGAGAGAGAGGAGCUUCCUCCAAAUAUGAUUCGUGUCUCAGAGACUGAGAUUAAAAGGGCGCAAAAGGUGGAGAGGGAAGCGAGUGAGCUGAGAGGAACAAUGAGGAAGAGAAUGGAGUUUCUUGACUUCGAUUAAGCCUGAUUAUGUCCCUAUUCAUUCUUGGUUUGAUGUUCUGCUUUGGCUCACAAGUUUUAUGAGGAGCCGCCUUCUUGGUAUGUGGAAGUAGGUCUCUCUUUUUUCAUUUGGAAGUAAUAUGACAAAAAUAAUCUGUGUGCA